GAAAAACAAAACCCUAAAGGGGUUCUUUGUAAGAACCAAUUCGCCGCCGGAUCGAUCUCUUUCACUUCUUGCUCUCAGUUUUUCUUGAUACAUGUAACUCAAACAGAACCUUCAUCAUCAUCGGUUUUCAUUUACCUAAAUAUUUCUUGUUUUUUGGCAACCCUUUUCUCCGAAGUUGCUGUUUUUGCAAUCCAAUGUGAAACCAGUUGAACAUGUUGCCAAAAGUUGUUCUUUUUUGUUUUCCAUUCGUCUUUGUUCUUUGAUCAUCAAAAUUUUUUGUUCAAGGUGUAAGCGUGUUUCAGCUGUUCUGUUUUUUGAUCGAAGUUUUGAUCUUUAUGGGUUUUAAGUGCUGAUUUUUAGCCUCUUUGGUGUUCAAUUUAUAUUCCUUAAUUUUGUUUUGCUUAGGGUUUUUAGGGUUUGUGGUACGUGAGUGAUCAAAGAUUCGAUUUUAUAGUGUAAGCAGACAUAAUUUCUCUGUGUAAUCAUCUGAGUUUCUUAAUUUUGUGAAUUAUUUCUCCUUUCCUGGUAUAAUUUGCAUAGUUUUGUAUUACUCUUUGAGCUAUGAACGCAUAAUUUCAUCUGUCAAGAUGUUAUCCGAAUUGGGUAGGAGACCUAUGAUCAGUGGCGGCGGCGAUGGUUCAUUCGGAGACGAAUUCGAGGAGAUAGGAUUGUUGCUACGUGAACAAAGACGUGAAGCCGAUGAUCGUGAAAAGGAGCUAAACAUGUAUCGGAGUGGCUCAGCACCGCCCACGGUAGAGGGUUCGUUAAGUGCAGUCGGUGGUCUAUUUAACACUAAUCAUGGCCAAAACAACGGUCUACCUUUCUCUGAAUUCGCCGGCGGCAAUGGAUUCACGUCCGAGGAAGAACUCAGGGCUGACCCAGCUUACUUAUCUUACUAUUAUUCAAACGUGAAUUUAAACCCUAGAUUGCCACCACCACUAUUGUCGAAAGAAGAUUGGCGGUUUACUCAGAGGUUGCAGGGCGGUGGAAGUUCGGGUUUGGGCGGGAUCGGAGAUAGAAGGAAAGCAAAUAGGACCGACGGCGGCGGUGGCAGCGGAAGUGGCGGCGGCGGUAUGUCGCUUUUUUCUAUGCCGCCUGGUUUUAACUCAAAGAAACAGGAGAAUGAUAACUCCGAUGCCGAGAAAGUCAAGGUUUCAGCUGAGUGGGGCGGCGAUGGGUUGAUCGGUUUGCCUGGUUUAGGAUUAGGUAGUAAACAAAAGAGCCUUGCUGAAAUUUUCCAGGAUGAUUUGAGCCGAUCUGCUCCACAUUCCGGACACCCGUCUCGACCUGCGAGCCGUACUGCAUUUGAAAAUCCCGAUGAAACCCUUGGUCCAGUAGAUGCUGAGCUGGCACAGCCACAUGGCACAAAGGGCCCACCAACCUCAUACUCUUAUGCUGCAGCUUUAGGUGCUUCUUUAUCAAGAAGCACCACCCCUGACCCCCAACACAUUGCUAGGGUACCUAGCCCCAUCCCUACCCCAAUAGGGGGUGGGCGGGUCAACCCGCCCGAUAGAAGAAACCCUAAUAGCCCAAACUUAUUCAAUGGGCCCACUUCUCACCCCAAAGACCAAUCUGACUUGGUCAACGCUCUUUCCGCCAUGAAUCUCUCAAACGGUGUGAUUGAUGAGCCUAAUUCCGAUGAUCAGAAUGCUUUUUAUCAUCGGAAUCAGAAAAAUAACAAGAAUAAUAACUUGUACUUUGAUGGAUCUUCAAGUAACUUGCAAUUCGACGGUGGAUACUCCAUAAAUUCACCACAAAUGAUGUCCAAUCAGCACGGAAACAUAAACCUCCCACCACUUUUUGAAACCGCAGCAGCAGCGUCCGCCAUGGCGUACCCCGGAAUGGAAUCGCGAUUCACUUUGGAAUCACAAGCCAUGAACAGAAUGGGAAACCAAAUGACUGGAAACGCACUCCAAGCUUCUUUCAUGGACCCGAUGUAUCUCCAGUACUUAAGAUCAACCGAAUACGCUGCUGCUGCCCAAAUUGCUGCCCUGAAUGACCCGACUAUUGACCGGAAUUACAAUCUCAGGAAUUCAUACACCGAUCUCCUUCAAAAAGCAUAUUUAGGAACUUUAUUGCCCCCUCAAAAAUCACAGUAUGGUGGUGUUCAAUAUGUAGGGGCAUCUGCUAGUCCACAUCAUCAUGGGUAUUAUGGGAACCCGGGUUUUGGGGUUGGGUUAUCGUAUCCGGGUAGCCCGUUAGCAAGCCCACUGCCCAAUUCUCCGGGCGGGCCGGGCAGCCCGAUUAGGCUUGGUGAACUUAACACACGAUACUCUCCUCAAAUGAGAAAUUUAGGUGGGGGAAGUGGUGUGAUGGGACAUUGGCAUUUAGAUGGUGGUGAUAAUACCUUUGCUUCUUCUUUGUUAGAAGAGUUUAAGAGUAAUAAAACCAAGUGUUUUGAGCUUUCUGAAAUCACAGGUCAUGUUGUUGAGUUCAGUGCGGACCAGUAUGGAAGCCGUUUCAUUCAACAGAAACUUGAAACUGCAACUACAGAAGACAAAAACAUGGUGUUUCAGGAGAUUUUUCCUCAGGCUCUUACUUUGAUGACUGAUGUGUUUGGAAAUUAUGUGAUUCAAAAGUUCUUUGAGCAUGGAAUGCAAGGACAAAGGAGGGAAUUGGCUGGAAAGCUAAUGGGACAUGUUUUGACACUUAGCCUUCAAAUGUAUGGCUGUCGAGUUAUUCAAAAGGCAAUUGAAGUUGUUGACAUGGACCAAAAGAUCAAGAUGGUGGAGGAGCUUGAUGGCCACAUCAUGCGUUGUGUACGUGACCAAAAUGGGAAUCAUGUUAUUCAAAAAUGCAUUGAAUGUGUUCCUGAAGAUCACAUUCAGUUCAUUAUAACAACUUUCUAUGAUCAAGUUGUCACCCUUUCAACCCAUCCAUAUGGGUGUCGUGUCAUACAGAGGGUGCUUGAGCACUGUGAGGAUCCAAAAACACAGAGCAAGGUGAUGGAUGAAAUACUUAACUGUGUAAGCAUGCUAGCACAAGAUCAGUAUGGAAAUUAUGUUGUUCAGCAUGUGUUGGAACAUGGAAAACCGAAUGAACGAUCAAUAAUAAUUCAAGAAUUAGCUGGGAAGAUUGUACAAAUGAGUCAACAGAAGUUUGCAUCAAAUGUUGUUGAAAAAUGUUUGACUUUUGGUGAUGCAAGUGAACGCCAGCUACUUGUGAAUGAGAUGCUUGGUACUACUGAUGAAAAUGAGCCUCUUCAGGCAAUGAUGAAGGACCAAUUUGCAAAUUAUGUGGUGCAAAAAGUACUUGAAACUUGUAGUGACCAAGAACGUGAGCACAUAUUGUCCCGAAUUAAGGUUCAUUUGAAUGCGCUUAAAAAAUACACUUAUGGAAAACAUAUUGUAGCUCGUGUAGAGAAACUUGUUGCUGCUGGAGAAAGGAGAAUUGCUGCACAGUUGCUACAUGCAACAUAAGAGGAGGAGGAGGAGGAGGAGGCAUAGGAAACGAAGUUGUACAGCUAACGAAGGCUAGUUUGAGCUACCCUUUUUCAUCACUGUGUCUUUCUCCUAGUAGAAGAAAGAGGCUCUAAUAGAUAAGGGCCAAAUUUGCAAAUAAAGUUUGCUUGCUCCUGAUGCUAAUGCAGAGGCAGUAUAAUGAUGAUGAUGAUGAUGAUGAUGAUGAUGAUGAUGAUGACAGUGUGUGUUUGUUCUUGAAAGAGGUGUAAAGAUGACUGGAAAGGAAAAAAGGUGGUAGUUUUGUGACUGUACAAAAAUGAAAAAUGUUGCCCAUAUCGAAGAGAGUUUAUUAUGUUUGUAGGCAGAAAGUUGGGAGUUAUCGUUUUCACG